GUAUAUUGCGGACCAAAGUAUAGGGCUGUAUAUCUACACGGUGCUUUCAUGACGCCACCAUUAUAAAUGUCUAAGAAACUCCUUAGAGUUGAGAACGCCCAAGUCGGCUAGUUUGGAAAUAGUUUUAGCACAUCAAGUUCUGUUAAAUUCAUGUGUUUGUGUGUUAAUUUCUAAAUUAUUUGGAUUUCAUCGUUUGUCUAUAAAAACAAUGGAUUAAAAUCAAUUUCCUGAAUAUAGGAUAAACAAGACUCUAAAAUCGCUUUUAAAAAACUUUGCUAAGUCUUAGUACUCGAAAGCAAAGACUUGUAGUACACAUUGUAUUGAUUUGGUCUUAACCCAUGCACCACUAGAUUAACUCUUAGAUACGCAUAGCACUUUAUUAUCUUCUCUUCUGAAGGAAUGUCCAUCGUUUAUAAGAUUAGAUGCAAUUUAGUUUUGGCGGGUGGAAAGCUUAUGUAUAGAAUAUGUACUUAUAAACGUUUUAUACAUGUCCUACUAUGACCCUAUUGAUGCCUUGUAUAAAUAUUUAUAACUGUCUCGAUCUACGUUUUAUAUUGUCUAACAAGCGGUCUAUAGUGAAACAGUUUAAUAUAUCAAUAUUUUUAACAAGUCAUUUAAGAGAACUGGUUGUGAUUUUGUAAUGCCUGGUCAUAAGUAAACAUAUUUUCGGGUUGCUCUUAUUUAAGAAUCUAUCAGCUUUGUAGAUAUUGACACACGUUAUCGAGACGGUGUGUGAGGGCGCUGUGUGCGGGAGGAAGUGAGGGGGAGUGUGACGCAGUGUGAGGAACAUCCAGAGACACACGUGGACAAUGGAUAGUGUGUUGUUUAAACGAACAUCUUGAAAAGUAAUUAUUAUUUGAAAACAAAAUCGUAACAAUUUAAAGACUCCGAAAUUCCGAAAUUCAAACCGAAUAAAACUCAAGAAUGGUGUUGCCUGGAAUACCCAGCAUGGACUCGUUGAUCAACAGGGCUGCCAAUGUUGUGCUGAAGCCACCAAUCAAAAACGACGAUUUCGUGGACAGGCUGCACUACUUCGUCACGGUGGCCAUCUUGACAUGUUUUGUGGUUGGCACUGGGUUGCAGGUUGGUAACGAUCAAACUUACAACUUGACAUGUUUUGUGGUUGGCACUGGGUUGCAGGAGUACGUGGGGAGUCCAAUCAACUGCUGGCCACCUAAAGACUAUCACUAUGACUCAUACCAUGACCACAUCAACAGUUACUGCUGGACACACAGCCUGAGGUACCCGAAGUAUGAGACAGAGACUGCAGUAAAUCAAACUCGAGGUGAUGGUUUUCUGGAUUUGACCCAGCCUCAACCCAUUUUAGGUUUCGGUACUACCUUCUACCGAUGGGUGACUUUGGUCUUCAUAGUACAGGCUUGUCUUUUUAAAAUCCCACAAUUCAUCUGGACCAACCUCAGUGGCUCUUCCAGCGCGGACAUCAAGAAAAUUCGUGACCUUGUCUUGCAAUCCCAAAAUGCAACAACGCCAGCAGACAGGAAGCUGAAACUGGACGAGACGGUGGCGUACUUCGAGGACUGGAUCACCGGUCACAAGUCUUACCGCUUCAGACUGAUCGGUAAACACACCAGCAAGGUGCUGACUGUUUUAUUCUGUCUGGGUAAAAAGUCUGGGAGUUACCUGUCUUCUCUUUACCUGUGCUACAAGAUCAUGAACAUUGUCAAUGUCUUUGGAAACAUUUUUUUGCUGACGGUGUUUCUGGACCUAAAUUACUGGAAGUACGGGCUCGUGGUGCUGAACAGCGUUAUAAACAGCGGAGACUGGCAGGAUCCCUUUAACUUCCCAAGGGUCCUCCUUUGUGACUUUGUUGUGGAAGGCAGCUCGGAGUCCGCCAGCGGUUCCCCGGUCGUCUUCCAGAUCCAAUGCAGCAUGACCUUGAACCAGCUUCUGGUCAAGGUCUUCGUCCUAGAGUGGUUCUGGCUAGUCUUCCUCCUCUUCAUCACCGUUGUCAACCUGGUCCUCUGGUCGGUGAAGAUCAAACCUCCCUGCUCCACGAUAUUCUUCAUCAAAUCUUACAUUAAAACAGUAGAUUCGUAUCCGAUGCUGGAUAUCGGAAUCGCCACCAUGAUUGCCGGUACAAAGACUCAGUUCGCCCAGAAAAAUUUGCAGCGCGAUUUCAUUGAAAAAUAUCUGCGAAGCGAUGGCGUGUUUAUUCUGCGAUUCCUGGAGCUGAAUUCAGACCGGGCAUUGGUCGCAGAUAUCGUAAGGACUUUGUGGAAUAGAUACCACGUGAUGCAGAAAUCUGCCGUAAGUUCAAACAUGACUCUGAAUACCGAGGUGACAAAGUACGGAAGCUCGGUUGAGCUAGAUAUUACCAAAACGAAUGCCACGGACGAUGAUGUGACUGAUGGUAGUAAUGAAGAGAUAACUAAAGAUGUUGAGGACAAAAAUGUGGAGCUGUAAAUUAUCGUACCUUUGAAAAAAUGUAUAUGAAAUGAAAGGAUAGUCUAUUUCUAAGUCAGAGCAGAGUUAGCUAUCCUCAUUAUAGAGGUUAUUGUAAAGAGUAUCGCCCCUGACACAGGCUAUAUUUAGCCUUUACCGAAUGUGUUACAAGGUGCUAAAUUAUGUGCGCAUGCGUUUACGUAUGUGAAUGUGUAACUAUGAUUUAUACACAGUGGACUAGAAAAGACGUUCAACUGUCAGUCUCAAGGUGUUUUCAUCGCUGUAUGUUGAAAACAGAUCAUCUCAUUUCUGCCUGUGUUCCACCAACCAAAUUCCUUCAGGUGUCUCGGGUCAGGCGAGUCCCACUAGCUCUUGUCCCGUACGCUUAGCGUCUGCCUACAAAUCACAAUGCCCUGUAUUUCUUGGUCGACCCGUCAUCAUGUAAAGGGGGAGGGGGGGGGGUUCAUUGAGGGCUCGUCUUGUGAUGUUGGACGCAGUUUUGCGAAGGCAGUGGCCUAUCCACCGCUAGCGUCCCUGAAGGAUAUCUACUUCAAUGGGCUGCUGUGUUGUUCUUCAACAUAGUUUGUUGUUUUGUCUAGCCAACUGACCAUAAGAAUGUUUUUGAGGUAUUGAUGAAUACCUGAUUAUUUUACCCCCAUGAACAAAAAAAAAAAAAAUCCACGUUAAAACAAAACUUUAAAGAAAUUU